AUGAGUAUUAAUAGUGAUUAUAAUAAAGAGAAUAAUAAUAUAUCACCAUUAAAUACUAGUAGUGAAAGAAGAAGUAGUUUAAGGAAUAGUUUAAAUAAUAGCAGUAAUAAUAAUAAUAAUAAUGUAAUAAAUACACCAACAGCUAAUUCAAUUAAUAGUAGUGGUAAUUUUUCACCAAAAGAAUUUGUAUCAAAUAUAGAUGGUGAGGAGAUAAUUUAUCAAAAUCAAAGUGUAGAGUAUAAACAAAGAUUAUGUACCAUUCAAAUUAAACAAUCUACAUUAAUCAUUAAAUUCAAUGAAAAGGGUGGUUUCACUAAAUAUUUAGUAUCAGAUACGAUAGUUGGAUCAGAGAUAACCAAUGAAUCCACCAAUGAAUAUACAAUCUACUCAUGUGUAAUGAAUACAUUGGAUGUGACAAAGGAAACCAGAAGAAGAAAGCAAUUCUCAUUAAGAUUUAGAGACAGAUUCGAAUUGAAUCAAUUCAAUGACAAGUUUGUAGAGGCUUUCUUAGACACCCUUCCAAUGGGCAAUCCAAGGGAGAGAAGAAUCAGGGUUAUCCUAAAUCCAAAAUCUGGUAAGAAAAUGUCGGAUUCCAUCUUUAAAGAUAUCAAUGAGCUCUUUAAAGAUUCGAAAAUAUUCGUAAAGAAAACCGUUACAAAAGGACCUGACCAUGCGAAAAAGAUUGGCUAUAAAUUCAACCUCAAGAAAUACGAUACCAUAGUUUUCAUAUCUGGUGAUGGUUUAUUCCACGAGUUUAUCAAUGGUCUUUUGAGUAGAACCGACUUUGAACAAGCUAGAAAGAUACCAUUGGCUUUGAUCCCAGGUGGCACUGGUAAUGGCAUUGCUUGUUCCAUCGGUUUACAAGAUCCAAUGUCUUGUGCAUUAGCAGUUAUACGUGGUUUCACUAAACCAUUAGAUGUUAGUGUAAUUCAACAAGGUGAUAAAAAAUGGUGUUCAAUCUUGUCUCUAACUUGGGGUAUAGUAUCCGAUGUUGAUAUAGAAUCUGAAAAGUAUCGUGCCUUGGGUGAUGUUCGUCUAAUCUUGGGUGCAGCAUUACGUAUUCUAAACCUACGUAUCUAUCGUGGCAAAAUUUGGUAUUUACCAGCUUUAGAAUUAAAUAAAACAGAAAUUGCUAAAAUUCCAAAAUGUUCUUAUUCAUGUGAAAUUUGUGAAAGUGAUAAUCCAAUUUCAACAAUUGAAAAUGUUAUAUCUCAACAACAACAAAAUAAUACAACAACAAAUCAAUUAAGACGUUCAUCUUUAAAUAAUAGUAGUAAUGGAUUUUCACCAAAAUUAAAUACUAGUGGUAGUAUUUCAAAUGGAAAUGAUGAUGAAUUAAGAUCAAUGUUUUCAAAAGAAGAGAAUAUAAAGAUUGAAAAUGAAAUACAUGAUCACCAAAAUGAUGAUGUUUUACCAUUACUUAAAUCAUCAAGUGAUCAACAUUUCAUUGUUCCACCAACUAAAUUACCAAAUCAACAAUUCUUAAAAGAGACAAAAGAGGAGUUAUUUGCAAAAGGUUGGAAAGUUUUAGAAGGUGAAUUCAUUGGUAUCGUCGCAAGUACAGUAUCCCAUUUAGCUUCAGAUUUCAUCGCAUCUCCAACUGCACAUCUUUCUGAUGGUUUAAUUGAUUUAGUAGUAAUUAAUAAUAAUAAGAAAUUUAGUAAAGCAGGUUUAUUAUCAGUUUUAACAGAAUCCUCAACUGGUGCUCAUGUAAAGAGUGAUCUCAUUGAUCAAUAUAAGGUUCAAGCUAUGAUCUUAGAACCAAGUAAUGAUAGAGAAGGUAUUAUUGCUGUAGAUGGUGAAUUAAUCUCUUAUGGUCGUACUUCAAUGGAAUGUAUGAGAGCUUGUAUUAAUUUAAUUUGUAGAACUUAUUAA